AUGGAAGCUCUAGGAGGAGAAGGCACAGUAAAGCCUACCGUGAGCUGCCAAAACGGUUGUGUGCUUGUUGUUGAUUCCGCACUUACUCACAUUUACAUGGUGCCCUCCCACUCGGUCGUGCACCUCCCCCCGGCGAAAUCCCCGGCCUCGCGGGUGAUGUUUUGCCGCAACUAUAAACGCUUUGAGGCGGACUCGUGUGCAAUGGGCAAAAGCUGCAAGUUUGUGCACGCCGACGUAGACCUUGGAACCCUGAAGGCGCAGGCGAUCCAUGUGAACUAUACUUGGCGUAAUGAGGAGUUCUGCAUGUACAAAAGGUUGCCGCCAGGCGAUUUUCUGGAUGUGUUGCUACCGAAUGGCAAGCCUCCUGCCGUGCGAUUCCGAAGCGAGUACAUCCUUGCGACGCGGGGUGCGUAUUCGGCGUGCAAAGUGAAGGCCCAAGCGCCCUCGCACUGUGCACACUACUACUUUAAUUACCUGUGUAACCGUGGCGAGGACUGCGGUUUUAUUCAUGCACUGUACGUUGACCCAAAUAUCACUGAGGUUUACAAGCGUGCAUCGGGUCGCUCGCACCGCCUGCGUGUGCCAACUGCGCUGAAGCUGCCCACUGAGAGUGCCGUCAACAACAACAACCCCCAACGGCGUCCUCGCCAAGAUGACCUCACCGGCCUGCAUCCAAACCCUCUAAUGCUGGAUAAAGUCCUGAACCGCGGUGAGGGGGAGUCGUUUGUGCCGACCGUCGCUGCUCAGAGCCCGAAUUCGUGGACGCGGCUGAACAGUUCCUCGUCAACGAGCGUCGAUGGGCCCCAACACAGUUCCUCGGGCGAGGAAGCUGUAACUGAUCUAAAACUAUGCGUGAGCGACAGUGAACCUCUACAGGCUGCGCGUGAGGUUCAAUGUAAUGGACGUACUUCUGACCGACGUCGUUGUCGUGUGUACAGACAUGACCCUUAUCACUCUAUUUGA